CUUCCCUUCCUCACUGCAGCCACUGAAGCUGCAGGCUGGAUCAAGGGGACCACAGAGUUGUCCAGUCCCCCAGGGUGGGGGUGCCAGGAGCCCUUCUCCUCUGUAGCAGGUCUCAGAGGCUGACGAUGGGGAAAUCGCACUGGUGAGGCUGCCGUGGGGUCAGGAGGAACCUGCGAUAAGACGCCCAACAGUUAGGGCAGGUGCUUUGAGGUUUGGAGCCUGGGACCCCACAGGAAGUGACUUCAUGCUGAGCUAAUGUUGCUUCGUCCUGGCGCCGGUCUCAGGCCAAGAGCUGCAGGCUGGCAUGGCUGGGGGGAUGUCAGCGGAGUGCUCUGAGCCUGGGCCAGGAGGGCUGCAGGGCCAGUCCCCAGGGCCAGGCAGGCAGUGUCCCCCUCCCAUCAUGCCCACCUCCUGGAGCCUGCCCCCGUGGAGGGCCUACGUGGCUGCCGCCGUGCUCUGCUACAUCAACCUCCUGAAUUACAUGAACUGGUUCAUCAUUGCAGGAGUGCUGCUGGAUAUACAGGAGGUUUUCCAGAUCAGUGACAACCAUGCUGGUUUGCUUCAGACUGAUGCCAGCUUGUGGCAUCUGAGUCAGGCUCCUUCCCUGGGCCUGCUGGGCCAUCUGCCCUGCCACGGUCGUGGGGGGAAUCCAGGCUGCCCCUGUGUGUCUCCUUCAGUCUUCGUUAGCUGCCUGCUGCUGUCUGCACCUGUGUUUGGCUACCUGGGCGACCGACAUAGCCGCAAGGCUACCAUGAGCUUCGGUAUCUUGCUGUGGUCAGGAGCUGGCCUCUCUAGCUCCUUCAUCUCCCCCCGGUAUUCUUGGCUCUUCUUCCUGUCCCGGGGCAUCGUGGGCACUGGCUCGGCCAGCUACUCCACCAUCGCGCCCACCGUCCUGGGUGACCUCUUCGUGAGGGACCAGCGCACCCGCGUGCUGGCCGUCUUCUACAUCUUUAUCCCUGUUGGAAGUGGUCUGGGCUACGUGCUGGGGUCGGCUGUGACGAUGCUGACUGGGAACUGGCGCUGGGCCCUCCGAGUCAUGCCCUGCCUGGAGGCCGUGGCCUUGAUCCUGCUUAUCCUGCUGGUUCCAGACCCACCCCGGGGAGCUGCCGAGACACAGGGGGAGCGGGCCGCGGGAGGCUUCAGGAGCAGCUGGUGUGAGGACGUCAGAUACCUGGGGAAAAACUGGAGUUUCGUGUGGUCGACCCUCGGAGUGACCGCCAUGGCCUUUGUGACUGGAGCCCUGGGGUUCUGGGCCCCCAAGUUUCUGCUCGAGGCACGCGUGGUUCACGGGCUGCAGCCUCCCUGCUUCCAGGAGCCGUGCAGCAACCCCGACAGCCUGAUUUUUGGGGCACUGACCAUCAUGACCGGCAUCAUUGGGGUCAUCUUGGGGGCAGAAGCUGCGAGGAGGUACAAGAAAGUCAUUCCAGGAGCUGAGCCCCUCAUCUGCGCCUCCAGCCUGCUUGCCACAGCCCCCUGCCUCUACCUGGCUCUCGUCCUGGCCCCGACCACCCUGCUGGCCUCCUAUGUGUUCCUGGGCCUUGGGGAGCUGCUUCUGUCCUGCAACUGGGCAGUGGUUGCCGACAUCCUGCUGUCUGUGGUGGUGCCCAGAUGCCGGGGGACAGCAGAGGCACUUCAGAUCACGGUGGGCCACAUCCUGGGAGACGCUGGCAGCCCCUAUCUCACAGGACUUAUCUCUAGUGUCCUGCGGGCCAGGCGCCCUGACUCCUACCUGCAGCGCUUCCUCAGCCUGCAGCAGAGCUUCCUGUGCUGCGCCUUUGUCAUCGCCCUGGGGGGUGGCUGCUUCCUGCUGACUGCGCUGUACCUGGAGAGAGACGAGACCCGGGCCUGGCAGCCUGUCACAGGGACCCCAGACAGCAAGGAUGUGGACAGCAACGACCUGGAGAGACAAGGCCUGCUUUCGGGCGCUGGUGCCUCCACAGAAGAGCCCUGAGGUCCCUGCCUGCACUCGCCCUGCCUGCAAGCCUCCCGUUGGUCCCCACAGUAGCAGUGGCUCGGUUCCUCUUUGGCUGUCCUCGGGGACUCUGGCUGAGGCACAUCUGCCACUUUUGAAUUCCCGGCUGGAGAGCUGGCAGGACCCUGUGGCUGGGCUGGGAAUGGAGCUGUCAGCACUCUGCGUGGGAGGCCUGGGCCUGUGCCUGCAUCCCGCUCAAGGCUGCCCCAGCCUGGGGUCCCCACCCUGGCUGCUGCUGGGCCCUGAAUAAAGAGAGGCCAGUACAAAGCCCAUGGAUUUUGGGCCUGUAGACAGCCGUGUUAUUUAUAGCCUCUCGUGCCUCUGCUGGAGGGGAAGUGGGUGAGAACGGGAUGGGCAGUCCAGGCCAAGGAUGCAGGGCUGUCCUAAAGUGGGGAAGCUGAGGGGCUGGCUCGGCAUGGGUCUCUAGGGGUCCGCAGCCUGGACCUCCCACUCUGACCCAGCUUCUCCAUUCUGCAAAGUCAUAGGCACAGGACACCCUCUAUGUGAUUCCACUCUUUGUUUUGUUUUUUGUUUUUGUUUUGUUUUUGAGAUGGAGUUUCGCUCUUGUCCAGGCUGGAGUGCAGUGGCACAAUCUCGGCUCAUUGCAACCUCCGCCUCCCAGGUUCAAGAGAUUCUCCUGCCUCAGCCUCCUAAGUAGCUGGGAUUACAGGCAUGCGCCACCACGCCCAACUAAUUUUUGUAUUUUUAGUAGAGACAGGGUUUCACCAUGUUGGUCAGGCUGGUCUUGACCUCCCGACCUUAGGUGAUCCGCCAGCCUCGGCCUUCCAAACUGCUGAGAUUAUAGGCAUGAGCCACCGUGCCCAGCCAACUCCACCCUUUGAACAAAACGUGGGGGCUGAAUCUUGCUCUUGGAGAUGAGUUUCCACUUGGGCGCUGGGGUGGGGAUGUGGCUCCAAGUUCCAGGGAACCACACAGAGGAGCACCCACGCCUAUACAGACACGGGCGCAGCUGCCCCAGAACCCUGCUGAGGAUUUGAGUGGCCGUGCAGGGAUCCUCCUGGCCUGCCCAGUUCUGUAGCCCCGGUCUUCCCUGGGUCCACGCUCUGACCCCAGCACAGCGUAUGGGGAGGGCUGGCUCUGCGGGGCCCACGCUUGCCACUGGGUUCAGAGCAGCUGGGCUCAGCGGGCCCUGUGGGAGAUCAACAGCUUCCAGGCGGGCAGCAGUGGGGAGGCUUGUUCUCAUGUUCUUUCCGCCUCCCCUGGUGCCCAGCCAGGCGAUCACUUGCUCACUCACUGAUGGCCACCUUCGCUGUGCCAGGCUGUGCCUGUCUCCCAGCAGCUGCAGGCAGAGCAGUGACCGAGACUCCUGUGCAGCCCCUGAUGCCUGCUGCUCUGUCCCUGCCUUCUGUGGGGUGCCCCCCAGCCCUCCCUGUUGGCUGCAACAAGCCCCAGGAGCAGGGCCGCACCACAGCCAGCCCUCCCUGCAGGCUAGCCAGGCCCUUGACCGUGACUCAAUGCUUGGAGCUCAUGCAACAGGCAGCCCUUCAAGUUACAAGGUAAAAGAUCUGUGAGGAUAUUUUGUUUUUCCUGAGAAGGAGGCAGCAACUGGGCAGGAGCCAGGAUGCCACGGUCCCUCUCAACAUUCACUGGCUGUGUGACCUAGGUGGCUCCCUGACUCCCUGAGAGCCACUGACUCCCUGGCUGUGUUUGAGAGGUGUGUUGACAUGGCUUUCUAGCCUGGGCCUCAUGUGAUUAGCACAGGCUGGGUCUAGACCCACAGAAGCCCAGCUCCAGGGUCUGAACCUUCCUCCCAACAGCCCCAGGGAGGACCCCUGCAAGGCGAGGCUCCCGGAAAAUGAGUGAGGGCCGCCCAAGGGUCAGAACACUCAGCUGGGCACAGCGGCUCACGCCUGUAAUCCCAACACUUUGGGAGGCAGAGGCUGAUGUAUUGCUUGAGGUCAGGAGUUCAAGACCAGCCUGGGCAACAUGGUGAAACCCCGUCUCUACCAAAAAUACAAAAACGUACCUG